GAGGAGGAGCAAAUAAUAAGGGCUUAAGGGGGCGAAGAAGUCGGCCGUUGUAGGGUGGGAGUGAAUGAGGGGCCGAGGUUGUGGAAAAAGCUGUGGAAGGGAGAGGCUGGAGCUCCCGGUAGCUUGGAACCAAGCGGGAGGGAGCGAUCAAUUGCGAGCGCUAAGGGACUAGGCAAGGGGGUGGGGGUUCUGCUUCAUUUUUGAUGGGUGUUGCCCAGUUACCCAUAAAGUAAGGAAGGUUAUGGGGAAAGGACGAGAAAUAGAGGUGGCAAAGAAAGCGGCAGUGUGAGGCUCUUGGGUGGGGUGAGUGCAGGAACCGGCGGUCGCCCUAUCUUCCUGGGAAGGGGGGAACGUGGAGGGGGAAAUCAUUUUGUUUAGGAAAAAGGGCGAUUUCUUUUGAGCUUGAAUCUAAGACUUCUCAAGUGGUUGGGAAGGAGAAUGCGAUUUCUGCCUUUCCUGUCAUACGUACGUUUUUUUAUUAGCUGGGGAUUAAAAUUAGCUGUCGGGGCGAGUUUCCUUGAAAUUUGCUCCCAUUCGCAUGCCUGCGGCUUGCCUGCUUGUGGUGCAGCCUAGAAGGGGGGGGGGGAGAGUUUGCAGCUGAUGUAGGAUCGUCGUCGGGUUUCUCCUUUCUCCUUCCCCUUCACCACGGAAAGAGGAGGAAGAAAGAGCCGUAGGCGAAAAAACAACAACCCCGGAACGUCCAUGGCCUCACGAUCACUCCGUUUUUGGACGAGGUGGAUAAUGAAAUCUUUGUUGCCACAGCUCUAACUACUUUUGAAUUUUAUUUGGGGACUAGCCAGGGUAUAUUCUUCCUGAAGACGUUGGGCAUUUAACGGAAUUACCGUAAAGAAGAGACUUUUCUCAUUUAACCUUUUAUAAUUCAGAUAUUUUAUUAAAACAUGGAAAAUGAAAUAUUCACACCUCUUUUGGAAGUCUUCAUAUCCAGCCCACUUGUUACCUGGGUUAAGACAUUUGGAUCCUUAGCUGGACAAAAUGCAACCAACUUGGAAGAAUACGUUGCACUUCUAGAUGGAGUUUUCUUAAAUGAAGUUAUGCUGCAAAUAAACCCUAAAGCAGUUAGUCAAAGAAUAAAUAAGAAGGUCAACAAUGAUGGAUCACUUCGAAUUCAAAAUUUGUCUAUUUUAAUAAGACAAAUUAAAUCAUAUUAUCAGGAGACAUUGCAGCAAUUGAUCAUGAUGCCUUUGCCAAAUGUUUUAAUAAUUGGAAAAAAUCCCUUUUCAGAACAAGGCACUGAAGAAGUAAAAAAACUCCUUCUACUUCUGCUUGGCUGUGCUGUUCAGUGCCAGAAGAAAGAAGAAUUCAUUGAAAGAAUACAGAGUUUAGAUUUUGAUGUAAGAGCAGCUGUUGCCGCCCACAUACAAGAGGUAACCCAUAAUCAGGAAAAUGUGUUCGAUCUCCAGUGGAUGGAUGACAGUGCUCUAACACAAGAUUAUAUUGAACCUCUCCUAAAAAACAUGGCAUUGCAUUUAAAACGACUUAUAGAUGAGCGAGAUGAACAUUCUGAGACUAUCAUAGAGCUUUCUGAAGAACGAGACUCUCUUCAUUUUCUACCUCAUGCAUCAGCAGCACAAUCACCUUGUGGAUCUCCAGGAAUGAAAUGCACUGAAAGCAGGCAACACUUAUCAGUGGAAUUAGCAGAUGCCAAAGCAAAGAUUAGAAGGCUUAGACAAGAGCUUGAGGAAAAGACUGAACAAUUGAUGGAUUGUAAGCAAGAACUUGAACAGAAUGAAACUGAAUUAAAGCGACUUCAGCAAGAGAAUAUGAGUUUACUUUCGGAUGCCCGAUCUGCCAGAGUGUAUCGGGAUGAACUUGAUGCUCUCAGAGAGAAGGCAAUCCGGGUUGACAAGCUUGAAAGUGAACUCAGCCGAUAUAAAGAAAGGCUACACGAUAUUGAAUUCUACAAGGCUAGAAUAGAGGAGCUAAAAGAAGAUAAUCAAGUAUUACUGGAAACAAAGACAAUGUUGGAAGAUCAGUUAGAGGGAACCCGAGCCCGUUCUGAUAAAUUGCAUGAAUUGGAAAAGGAGAAUCUGCAAUUAAAAGCUAAACUCCACGAUAUGGAGAUGGAACGUGAUAUGGAUCGGAAGAAAAUUGAGGAACUUAUGGAGGAAAAUAUGUCACUAGAAAUGGCUCAGAAGCAAAGUAUGGAUGAAUCAUUACAUUUGGGCUGGGAACUUGAACAGAUAAACAGAUCAUCAGAAAUUUCUGAAGUGCCACAGAAGUCACUUGGUCAUGAAGUGAAUGAACUAACAUCAAGUAGAUUAUUAAAACUAGAAAUGGAAAACCAAACUUUAUUAAAAACAGUAGAAGAAUUACAAAAUGCAAUGGGUUCCGUAGAAGGCAAUAACUCAAAACUAAUGAAAAUGGAAAAAGAAAAUCAAAGGCUAAAUAAAAAGCUUGAAGGACUUAGGAACGAAUUUACUGAAGAGAAACAGAGUCAUCAGAGUAGUCAGAAUCUUUGCAAAGAUCUCAUGAAAGAGAAAGCACAGCUUGAAAAAACGAUUGAAACUUUGAGAGAAAAUUCAGAGAGACAGAUUAAAAUCCUGGAACAGGAAAUUGAACACUUGAAUCAAACUAUCACUUCACUUCGACAGCGUUCACAAAUCAGUGCUGAAGCAAGAGUAAAAGAUAUUGAGAAGGAAAAUAAAAUUCUCCAUGAAUCUAUCAAGGAGACAAGCAGCAAAUUGAGUAAAAUAGAAUUUGAAAAGAAGCAAAUGAAAAAAGAGUUGGAACAUUAUAAAGAAAGGGGAGAAAGAAUGGAUGAGUUGGAGAAAGAAGUUCAUCAUCUUGAAAAAGAAAAUGAACUAUUACAGAAAAGGAUUACUAAUUUAAAAAUUACAUGUGAAAAAAUUGAUUCUUUAGAACAAGAGAAUUCCAGUCUAGAUGUUGAAAACAGAAAGCUGAAAAAGGCUUUAGAUAGUCUGAAAAAUCUCAGCUUUCAGUUAGAGUCUUUAGAGAAAGAGAACGCACAACUUGACGAAGAAAAUUUAGAACUCAGAAGAACUGUUGAAUCUUUGAAGAGUAACAAUAUCAAGAUGGCUCAGUUAGAAUUAGAAAAUAAAGAACUGGAAAGUGAGAAAGGACAGCUACAGAAGAGCCUGGAGCUUAUGAAAACAUCCUUUAAAAAGACAGAACGUUUAGAAGUAAGUUAUCAAGGCUUGGAUACAGAAAAUCAGAGGUUGCAGAAAACCCUAGAAAACAACAACAAAAAAAUUCAACAUCUAGAAAGUGAAUUACAAGAACUGGAGUCAGAAAACCAAAUCCUGCAAAAAAAUCUUGAGGAACUCAAAAUCUCCAGUAAACGUUUAGAAAAAUUAGAAAAAGAGAAUAAACUUUUGGAGCAAGAGACAACCCAGCUGGAAAAAGAUAAGAAACAGCUAGAAAAAGAGAAUAAAAGGCUCAAGCAACAAGCAGAUAUUAUGGAUAGUACACUAGAAGAAAAUAAUGUGAAAAUAGGUCACCUGGAAAAAGAGAACAAGUCACUCUUUAAAGAAAUUGGUUUAUGUAAAGAAGCCUCUAUUCGUCUAAAAGAAGUGGAAAAGGAAAAUAAAGAGCUUGUAAAAAGAGCUACCAUUGACAAAAAAACACUUGUCACAUUACGUGAGGAUUUGGUGAAUGAAAAACUGAAGACACAGCAGAUGAAUAAUGACUUGGAAAAGCUUACACAUGAACUUGAAAAGAUAGGUUUAAACAAGGAACGUCUUUUACAUGAUGAGCAGAGUACUGAUGACAGUAAGUACAAACUUUUGGAGUCAAGGUUAGAGUCCACCCUGAAGAAAUCACUUGAAAUAAAAGAAGAAAAAAUUGCUGCCUUGGAAGCACGAUUAGAAGAAUCGACUAAUCUAAAUCGACAGUUGCGUCAAGAGCUUAAGAUAGUGAAAAAGAAUUAUGAAGCCCUCAAGCAAAGACAAGAGGAGGAGAAAAUGGUACAGAGUUAUUCUUCAAAACUUGAUGAAGAAAGUCAGCCUGUCACUAAAUGGGAAAGAGAGAAUCAGGAAACUACUAGAGAACUUUUGAAGGUUAAAGACAGAUUAAUUGAAGUUGAAAGAAAUAAUGCAACUCUGCAGGCAGAAAAGCAAGCCCUGAAAACUCAACUAAAGCAACUUGAGACGCAGAAUAAUAAUUUGCAAGCUCAGAUUUUAGCACUUCAAAGACAGACUGUUUCCUUACAGGAGCAAAAUACAACCCUGCAAACUCAAAAUGCAAAACUUCAGGUGGAGAAUUCAACAAUUAAUUCCCAAAGCACAUCACUUAUGAACCAGAAUGCACAGUUAUUGAUUCAACAAUCAACCUUAGAAAAUGAAAAUGAAUCUAUAAUAAAGGAACGGGAAGACUUGAAGUCAUUUUAUGAUUCUCUAAUCAAAGAUCAUGAAAAAUUGGAACAACUUCAUGAGCGGCAAGCAGCUGAAUAUGAGUCUCUCAUUUCUAAGCAUGGAAACCUUAAAUCUGUACAUAAGAAUCUUGAGGUAGAAUAUAAGGAUUUAGAAGACAGAUACAGUGAAUUACUUCAGCAAAAAGUACAACUAGAGGAAUUGGAAAAAGGCCUCAAAGUGGAGCAAGAGAAAAUGCUUCAGCAAAACAAGAAACAUGAAAUGGUAGCAGUGGAAUACAAAAAGCUUUGUGAAGAAAAUGAUAGAUUAAAUCAUACAUACAUACAACUUUUGAAAGAGAAUGAAGUUCUUCAGGUUGAUCACAAGAAUUUAAAAACUUUAUUAAACAGUUCUAAACUAGAGCAAACAAAAUUGGAGGCUGAAUUUUCUAAACUUAAAGAACAAUAUCAACAACUGGACAUUACUCACACAAAAUUAAAUAAUCAGUGCGAGCUGCUUAGCCAACUAAAAGGGAACUUAGAAGAAGAAAACAGACAUCUACUGGACCAAAUACAGACUUUAAUGCUACAAAACAGAACACUUUUGGAACAGAAUAUGGAAAGCAAAGAUCUCUUCCAUGUUGAGCAAAGACAAUAUAUUGACAAGUUGAAUGAAUUGAGAAGACAAAAAGAAAAAUUAGAAGAAAAGAUUAUGGAUCAGUAUAAAUUCUAUGAACCAUCUCCCCCUAGAAGGAGAGGCAACUGGAUUACUCUGAAAAUGAGGAAAUUGAUAAAAUCAAAGAAAGAUGUCAACCGAGAACGCCUCAAAUCUCUGACUCUAACACCAACCCGCUCAGAAUCUAGUGAAGGAUUUCUUCAGCUGCCACAUCAAGAUAGUCAAGAUAGUUCCUCUGUGGGCUCAAAUUCACUUGAAGAUGGCCAGACAGUGGGAACUAAAAAAAGCAGCAUGGUUGCACUGAAAAGACUGCCCUUUUUGAGGAACAGACCGAAGGAAAAAGACAAAAUGAAGGCCUUCUACCGUCGCUCUAUGUCAAUGAAUGACCUGAUGCAGUCCAUGGUCUUAGCAGGAGGACAAUGGAUAGGUAGUUCUGAGCAUCUGGAAGGUCCUGAUGAUAUAUCCACGGGUAAAAGGAGAAAAGAAUUGGGAUCUAUGGCCUUCUCUACUACAUCCAUCAACUUUGCAACUGUCAACUCUGCUGCAGGCUUGAGAUCCAAGCAGUUGCUUAAUAAUAAAGAUGCAACAUCUUUUGAAGAUGUCAGUCCACAAGGAAUUAGUGACGAUUCUAGUACAGGUUCAAGAAUUCAAGCUUCCAGACCGGCCAGCCUUGAUAGUGGCAGAACAUCAACUAGCAAUAGCAAUAAUAAUGCAUCACUGCAUGAUGUCAAAGCAGGUGCAACUAACAACCAAAGCAGGCCUCAAAGCCACAGUAGUGGAGAAUUUAGCCUUCUUCAUGAGCAUGAAGCAUGGUCCAGUAAUAGCAGCAGCCCCAUACAGUAUUUGAAAAGUCACACUAAAUCUAGUCUCCUGCUUCAUCAUACAAUGUCAGAAAAAAUAGAUAAACAAGGAAUGUGGAGAAUUAAAACUGAAUCCCCUGGAAGUGAAAUGGUUACUCUGCAGCAAUUUCUGGAAGAAAGUAAUAAAGUUACUUCAGCAGAGCUAAAGUCUUCAAGCAAAGAUAAUCUUUUGGAUGAAGUAAUGAAAUUUUUUUCGGAGAAUGCUGAAUUAACAGGAAGAGAAAAACUAAGCAAACACACAUCAGGCAGUAGUAGUAUUGUCAGAUCGCAGAGUGUAAGGAAUACAACAGAAUUAUCUGAUGGAAAGUUAGGCAAGCAAGAGCCUCUUGCAAGGCUCAAUUUAAACAGAACAGAAGAUUCUAAAGAUUGGAACUUUUUAGAGACAUAUGCUGCAGGCACUAAAGGAAAGAUCAGAUCUGCUAAAGAAAAUGUCCAGUCACAGCGACAAUCCAAAGACUGCAAUCCCUAUGCUACUUUACCUCGUGCAAGUAGUGUGAUUUCAACAGCAGAAGGAACUACUCGGAGGACCAGUAUCCAUGAUUUUUUAUCUAAGGACACUAGGCAGCCAAUAUUUGUUGAUCCUACUCCAGCUACAGCUGAACAAAAUAUUAUAUCAUCUUCGAAUGUGGAAGCAAAACCAGAAAACAGACAUUCAAAAAGCAGUUGUAGGGAGCAAGAAAGCUCCUAAUUCAAUUGCCCCUACAACAUGAGAUGUGGGCCAAGUGGUGAGUUUUUUGCCCAAUGUGUAAAUGAGAUCAUUUUCAUUUACAGAGAAGGGAAAGAAAUUAAUAUUAACAAAUAAGAUCACAUGCACACUGCAUUAACAAUUGCCAGCAGUGCUUAGAUUAAGUGACUCGCUAUCUUGGCUACUGCCCAAGCCAAAUGAGAAUGGCAUAUUUAAUUUUACCUGCCAGGAAAGGAAUAUUUAUCUUCUUUUUCCUUUUAAAAAGUAAAAUGUUUCUCCAGAAUUCUAUUAUUAUAUAGUACCAAAUCAUUAUCUGAAUAUUGAUUUAUUGUUGUGUUUUCUGUAUUGCAUUGAUAUAGUCUUUUGGAGCAGGGCUCAUGCUUAUUAUUAUUAUGUUCAACUAUUCUGAGUGAUGCUGCUGCAUUUUGGUACCCAUUACAUUUCAAUGAGAUAGCAACUUAUCAGGGCAAGUCAGAUUCUGUAUGAAGAACAGCAGAAUUCUAUAGUUGGUAUUUUGUAAGCAGACUGCCUCUUACUUGAAGUGCCUGCUGUUUUACAUUUUUAUUUUUUGCAUAAUUCUGAUCGUACUAUGUAGUAGAAGUUAGGAAUAUUCAGGACAUUCCUUAUUAUGGUUCCCAAAAAACAUAUUUUCAGUAUGUUUCUGCUAUUCCAGGAACUAGAAACUUCUAGUAUUGCCAGUUAUUGUAUUUUUAGACAGAACUGCAGCAUGUCCAGCUUUGCAUAUGAUGAUGUAUAGGCAAAGAAAAUCAAAUGGUAUAGGUUGCAAUCCUAUAUAAAGUCAGAUUCAACAUGGUUCAGUUUUUGUAAUUUAACCCAAUACAAUAUUUUACUUUCUUACCACCAGAUGAUGAUGUCAUAUAUUUUUUAUAUAGGUUAUUUUUCCUUUUCCUUCUUGUUGCUGCUUAAACUGCUACUGUUGCAUCUUACUAGUUCUUUUAGUAGCAAAUUUUUAGAUAUAUUCUAUAGCUAAGCUUUCCUUUCAUUUUCUUUUCUCUUUCUGCUUUUAAAUUGAACACAGAGAGAAAAGUGUCCUUCAGUAUCUCAGUAUGAAGCCUUUAUUUCUGAAGUAAUAAGGUCUCCGGCUAUAGGAGUCAUGUUUUAAAAAAAAAAAAAAUCAAAAAUUUUACAGUCCUUCAUGAAUAGAGCAGUCAAGAAAUGCACAUCUUUCCUUGAAUCAAGGAAUUGUACCAGCAGCUGCUGAUGAUUUUUUUAAAAAGACAGACUAUAUUGCACAUUGCACUGUUACGCUCUAAAAGAGAAUUUUCAUCCCUCCAAGGACCAAGGUUUGUGCAGUCUCAAGAACUACUUCAGGAAUACAAUUACUAUGUUCUCGUUCUUUUAUAAACAUGGUCACCAGUUGCUUACUACUUCUGCUCUGCUAGCGUUCAGUUCUGUAAAUCUAAAAUAAAACUGUUGUAGAUUGUGGAAAUUGUUGUAAAUACAGGUAGGAAAAAUACCUCCACAAGCAUCUUGUCACUUCAGUCUUAUUGGUGUGCAUGAUGUUACUCUUGGGAAAACAAAACUGCUGAUUAUUUUGAUGUAUAUGGCAAGAAGAAUAGGUACCUCAAAACAUAAUUGAAUAUUUAAUAGACCCUCAGAUUAAUUAAUCUUUUCCAUAUAGUUUGUGUCACAAUAAAUAUACUCAUUUUGAGGGGACAAAAAGAUGCUAAAAACUAUUUCUGAAGAUUUGUUGGAUGAAAUUGAUUUUGUUUUCAACAGGAACCAUCCAAAAUAAAUUGUCUCAUUUUACAUAUUUAAUGUAUAUCUUUAAUUUGAUAUUUUAAGAUAAAUAAUGGCUUAGAAAAUGUUUCUAGGGAAAAUCCAUCAUGAACAUUUUUCAAGCUGUUUUAAUGACUAUCAUAUUUUUGUUUCUCAUGCAUUAAGAUUGAUUAAAAUAGUUGAUACUUUAAUAUUUAUAUGCGAACAAUACAGGAAAUUAGAUUUGAUUAAUCUUUGCAGAUGUACAAGGGUUUCUGGUUUCUAUUAAAUUUUCAAAGUUUAUUUUCUUACAAACCACUAAAUUAUUAAUAUUUCCAUGAUAUGUACCAUAUUUAACCUUAAAUGAUUUAUUUAAUCUUAAUAUAUGUAUAUCUUUAAUCUCAUUAUUUGUAUCUCAGCCAAAUUAGUCAUAAGUAGAGUUCCAAUAUCUUGGUUGAAUCAGAUCCAUUGCCUAUACAUUGUAUAUAUAUUUUUAAAAAUUGAUAAUUAUACUCACCAGGAUUUUGCUGACAAUCAAUGUUAUUUCUGUUAGAUAAAAAUAAAUUCUGCCCUUUUCUGUGCCAAAUGAAAAGCAACUUACAGAGCCACAGGGGUUAGCUAAGCAGAACAACUAGACAUCGUUUGGAAGCAAUACAAUGUAUACUCUUGAAACAGCUGUGCCUGGGUAGAUUUAUUCCUGAUCAAUGGAACAAAUUAAGCCAUAAUCAAUUUCUAAUUGGGAUUUAACAGAAAAAAAUUAAAAGAUUGGGUUCACAUCACCCAUAAUGAUAUAGAUUCUGUCUUGUACACAUCCAGCAAUAGUGUAUAAAUGCAUUGAUAGUGCAUUACACUGCAUACCUGAACAACUGGAGUAAUUCAAUUAAAUGGGUUAGUAUGUUGCACAAUUGCAACCAUAAAAUUUAUGGUGUAUGAUAGGCUCUCCCCGAUUUUAAUGUGGGGAAAAAAACUUACCUUAGAUAUAUGAAAAUUUCACAACUGUACCACAUCUUAUCAUCCAAGUCAGCUAAUAUCUAUAAGUACACAAGUUUUCUUAUUUCAGUAUUAAAUGUGAAUCCAGUAUGAGUGUAUGGAGAGAAAAAUCUAUAUAAAUAUCCCUAUAUAAGAUCUUUGAUGAGGAAAAAGUAGAAUCACUGAAAUUGAUCUUAUAAGUAUAAAGUAUUGGGUACACUGAACAAUCUGAAAAUUAAUAAAAUAAUUUUAGAAGGUUGAACAUAGUAGCCAGAGUAGAAUGAACGUGACCACCUUCAUUUCUCAGAAAAUGAAAUAUGAAAAUGGAAAUAUAGGGCAGGAAAAAAAGUAAUUUGAAUAAAUAAAUUUUAAAGUUUAUGCUUCCCAGAUAGCAUUGUAUAUUUAGGUAAGAAUGACAUUACACUUAAUGUGGAUAGAUUGAGAUAGCCAAGAGCAAAAUCACAUGAUUAUUUGCAGUGUCUGUUUUACACUGUGAACAGCAAUGAUACUUUCAUUUUUAUUUAUUGAUGAAAUGUCUAUCCAGAGAUCCUCAAACUGACUAUCAUUAUUACUAUUUAUUAUAUACUUGAUUUAUACUUCGCCUGCUCAAGAAAGUUAAGACAGCUAUCAUUUUUUUAAAAAAAUACAAAACAUAAAAUAAAUUCAUAUUAAAGCUAAAAUUAACAAUCAAAAAUUUAAUGGAAGAGAUGUAUCUAAUAAGCAUUUGACAAUUUUCAAAACUAGUUCCAUGAAAAUACCAAAGCAGUUGUACUAAAUCAGGUUAAAUCUAGGUUAGUUGAAUAAAAAGCUGUGUGUUACUGAAAAGAUUUGAAUGCAAGCCUCUUUAUAAAAAAUACACUAAUGAAGGGCUUCUUCAGUUGUGCUAUUCCAUCUUAGGUGACCACUAUUGUUACUUGCAGAUAUGGAAAUAUGGGAAUGUGAAAACUCUCAACAUUGGGCAGAUUUAUGGUUCUAAUCUUGUACAUCUGAAUAUUUAUCAAAUAAACUACUGUUUUGUAUGCAUUCCUUCAAAAUGUUUGCAGUUUUGGGAAACAAUCACCUGCUUUUCAAGCACUUAUUUCUGAUUGUACCUAUUUUUCUUGAUUUUUCAGUUUUGUAUGUGAUUCAUACACUGUUUUGUACUUGGGUUUAGGUACAAACUUUUUCUACAUAGUUUAAGUAGUACAAGUGACGCUUCUGGUAUAAUGAAGAUGACCAAGAGCAUAUUAUUCAUGUGAGGCUUGCCUAGGAAAAAUUAAUAAUAGAUUAUGCCUUUUUUAAUGAUCCAAUUUUGGCAGAUUUGGUUUAGUAUUACAAAGUUAUAUGUAUAUAUUUAGGCAUGAUUCAGAGUUAAAACAAACUACCAUCUUGUUUUAAUGAAGCCUAACACUGAUAAUUCUGGACAGGGAGUUUGAGAUUUGUAAACUAUGUGUAAUUUGUCUCCAUAGCUGUCUUUAAAAAAUGUAUUUUGUGAAAAGCCAGAUGAUUUUCUGCUGAGAACUUAAGAGAAAUGAACUUUGAUACAGGUAUUCUUCAGGAAAACCAAAGCCUUGUUUGUUUAUAGCUUUUCUUUCCAGAGUACAUUUGAAUAUAACUGGCUUUCCUUAUCUCUCUAGAUUUCACAAAUUUUUAAUCUAAAGAAAUUAAAAUGUAUGCCAUAGUUCUUUGUCCCAAUUUUCAUUAAUAUAGUUCAUAAAAUAUUUUUUUAAAAAAUAAAAACUCUGUAACAGUGUCAAUUUAUGUGUCACUUUAAAAUCCAUCACCUUUAGGAUUAAAUGCAAGGGCUUUUUUUUUUAUACACAACAGUAUUCAGCAGCUACAAAAUAAAAUUUGCAAAUUUGCUGUAAUACAAUGAAAAUAUUCCCAUUCCAUUGCUGCUGAUUGCUAAAGCUACAUUCUUUCCAGAAUGCAUUAUUUCUUAAAAUUCUUGUAUUUUGAGAGAUGGCACAGCUCCAACAUGGGGCCAAUAUAAGUUAUCUGUAAACUCUAUUGUAUUGUGUAUAACUCAAACACUGUUCAGAAUGGAACUGCCUUAAAGGAAAAACAGCAUGUCACUGUGACACAAUCUAAACACUGUUAUACAGAAACUGUUAUUUAAAGUUGUAACUUCCUUUUCUUAUACCUAUUAAGGAGUUUUGUAAUGUUUGCCAUUGUACACUACUUAUGUUAUUAAAAUUUGAAACAAAA